UAAUAAACUCAAAAUAUUCAAUUACCCUCUACUUAAAAUAAUAAGUAUUUUGAAAAUGUUCGAGUUGUCAUGCGCGGUGCUACCAGUAGGUGGAGCCGAUUUGAAACGGAAACGGAAUACCAUUAUUUCUGGUGAAGAGCACAUGGAAAGAGCUUGUUUUGUGAGAUGACUUGAGACAUGCAAUGGAAAUGAUUUCAAGAGAGCUUCAUCGUGGAACACCCUUGCCGCUUUUGCAUGGUGAAAAAGAGUGAAAUUCAACAGAAAGACGUACUGUCAGGAAGAUUUGAACCCAGGACAAAGGUGAAUCAUGACAGGUUCACAGAACGCAAUGGAGACAAGAACUAUACUUAGAGUGAUAGUGAAUGAAAAUGACAUACGGAAAAUCACACUGCAUAGUAAACCACAAACUUUGGAGACAUUGAUGGAGCAUCUUGAAGAGAAGUUGGGUCUUCCAUACAAGUUUUCUCUUCAGUACGAAGAUGCUGAUUUUAACAAUGCACUAAUUAACCUCACAGACAUUGCAGAUUUACCUGAGAGGCCCACCUUAAAGGUGAUCUCUCUUGUACCAUCUCCUACAGCAAGUACAGCUGACACAGACAUUGUAUCUUUGUCUUCUGAAGAAGGGUCAUCUCAUGUACGCCAGGCUCAGUGGCCAGAGACAUUUGAAGUCCCCAAUUUUCCUGUAGAUAUUGAGUUCCGAUUGCGCCAAGGAAACCUUCUGUAUAUGAGAGACCAGACAUAUAUGCAAGUUCCCAGGAACAUUAAGCACGAAAUUCUUGAAAAACUUGCUGAGUGUAUGUACAGCUUCAAAGCAUAUCCCUCUGACGACGAUUUCAAUGAUGUUGCAUCUUCACUAGUCAAAAAACAUCCAUGCCUCACUGAACCAGGUUCCUCCACUGGAUGGAAUGGCUGGAAGAACAGCCUCAAGUUUAAAAUGGGAAAUUACAGAACGAAGCUACGACGAGCUGGAUGCACAGAUGUUCUUAUAAAUGUAGGGAAAAGGGGAGGCCAAGAUCCUUUGAGAAGUGUUAAAAGGCCUAAACAUUUUGAAAUUAAUUUUCUUCCCAAUUAUCCUGCUGGUGAGGAUGAGUGCAGCAUGGAAUCUAAACGCUUACAACUUGUGGAGGAAAUGAAAAAAUGUCAUCCAAGUUCCACCCUGAUAUCACAGAACAUGGAUUCCACUUUUUCCUUGAGGAGAAAGGAGAUUGUUGAGAUUGAGUCUCCAGUAAAAGAGACUCUUCAAAGAUGGCCAUCACUCUUCACAGAACGACAAAUCAAUGCAGAGUUUGUUCGCAUCACAAGCAAAAACCUCAAGCAAGAAUUUUUCACAGCACUUGAUCAACAUACAGCUCGAUUUCUGAAAAUUUUUGAAACCAAAAAAGGGGCAGUUGGAAAAAAGCUUUCAGAGUUUCUUGAUCAAAUUAAGUUGAAGGGCACUGACAUCACUGCUAAUCGCACAGCAGUUCUUCGUGGACUUCCUCUACUUCUUGGAGAAGAAACCUCUGACUUUUUCAAAGCAACAUUGGACUGUGAUUGUGACAUACCCCAGAUUUCCAUCGGGAUUCUGACUGUGAUAACAGAAGGCAGCCAGGAUUCUUCACAAGCACUGCAUUUAGAGAAUUCACACACCGCAAUUAUCCUUGAAGGAGCCAUUGUGAUGGACAAUAUUGAAAACCUCCCGGAUGCCAUGUGGCUACUUUUUGGGCUGAUAUAUGCGCUCAAUUUGGAGUACCCUCCACAGCUCAAGAACACCUUUGAUUUUAUUCAAAGAGUGUUUCUUUCUCUGGGACACAAAUCCCUGAAACCAAAACUACAGUCCCUUAAAAACAUGCUGCUCAUGUAAGUGAAGGCUUUUUCAGAUUGUUUUAAAGUGAUAGUCCGCCCAAAACUGAACGUUCUGUCAUUAUUUACACUCCCUCAUCUCUUUCCAAAACUGUAAGUGAAAGGGUCUAGUCUUAAAACAAGUCACAAAGACAUCUUGAUAAUCUUUUUGGAUCUUUUUUUAGUUUUGGUUACCUGGACUUUUAAUAGAGGGACAUAAACCACUCAGGGUUAAUUUAAAAUAUUUGAGUUUCAAAGACUAUCCAAACUUACAGGUUUGGUAUGAGAUGUGGGAGAGUAAAUUAUGACAGAAUUGUCAGUUUUGGGCUAUCCCUUUACUGUAUCUUUAAGCUUGUUGCACAGAUUUUCUAAAAUACACAAAAAGGUUUUGAAUCGUAUAAUGGUUUUAUUGUUGAAUAUUUUUGUUUAACAUAUUUUUACACUGCAAAGUUUAAAAAAUUGCAUUAAGCUAACGUUGAUGCUUUUAAAAGGUCAACUGUUCCUCAGUUCAUUUCAUGUCAAAGAUUGUCAAAUUCGAAAUUCAUUCAUCAGUCAUAUAUAUAUAUAUUUUUUUUUUUUUGGUUGCACUUGCGCUGCUCAUUUGUUAACAGGAGAUGUGCUUUUUGUGAUUAAAGUAAAAAUCGUUUUAUAUUUAGGAGUGUCUAAAGAUUGCUUGGUACACUGUAUUUUACAAUUGAUAAUAAAAUAAUGUUUUACCUGAGGUCAGGUGUUGCUUUUUGUCAUUACUUAUUUUUUUUAGUUCAGCUUACUUCAAUUUUUUAAGGCAAUCAGUUUCCACAUUUUUCCUAGUAAUGUGAACUCUAAUAAGAAGUUAACACAACUAAUGAUUUUGA